GAGCAGAUGAUGUAUGAACAGAUCAUCUAUGAGACCAAGGGCACCAUUGCGCUCAUCACUUUGAACCGUCCGGACAGGUUGAAUGCCUGGACGCCGCAGAUGAUGGAAGAGUUGGCCCACGCAAUUGAGACAGCCAACGAUGACAAAAGCGUUGGCUCCAUUGUGAUGACCGGCGCCGGUCGUGGCUUCUGCGCAGGCGCUGAUAUUGAGAGCACAUUCAAAACACGCAUUGAUGGCACUGACCCGGGCAACGACACUGCAGGUGGCUCCGGCGGCGUGCCCGCAACCGUUGACUGGAUCAAGCUCGUCCGUGAAUCCAAACCGCUGAUUGCAGCGGUGAAUGGUCCUGCAGUUGGCAUCGGUGUCACCAUGAUCCUGCCCUUCGAUGUGAUCGUUACGUCAGAUGCCGCAAAGUUCGGCUUGGUGUUUGUCAAAAUGGGCAUCGUGCCGGAGCUUGCCUCAAGUCACUUCCUCAUCUCGCGCAUGGGCUGGGGCAAGGCGAGUGAGAUGAUGCUCUCCGCGCGCCUUUACUCUGGACAGGAGGCGGCGGACCUUGGGCUGGCGGAGCAUUGUGUCUCGUCUAACGAGCUUUUGGACAAAGCCAUUGCCAUUGGCGAGCAGAUCGCGACCAAUCCGGACAUCCAACUCCGCAUGACCAAGAAACUGCUGACUGAAAACGCGGUAGAGGUCGAGCGGGGCCGCAUGCGUCUGACGCUCAACCGUCCUGAAAAACGAAAUGCUCUUUCGUACGAAGUGCAGCGCCUACUCAGCGAAGCGCUUUGGGAUGCGGAUAAUGACCGGAACGUGCAUUCCGUCAUUCUGCGGGGAGCCGGGCAGGAUUUUUGUGCGGGCUAUGACCUGGCAGGCGCCGCCCCACGCGAUCGGGAUCGCAAUCUCCGAGGCGCAUCCAGCAUUGAUGAUGAUAUCUGGCAGCUGGAGCGGCAGCAGCGGUUUCGCAUGGCGAUUUUUGACAUGCACAAGCCUGUCAUUGCGCAGCUCCACGGGCGCUGCCUUGCUGGGGGCACCGAUAUCGCGUUUUUGAGUGACAUGGUGAUUGCCGCCGAUGACGCUGUGAUCGCUUUUCCCCCAGCGCGCGAUCUGGGCUCCCUGCCUAACCAGAUGUGGCUCUACCAUUGCGGUCCGCAAUGGGCGAAGCGCCUGCUGCUCACCGGGGACAGCAUCACAGGCAAAGAAGCACAAGAGAUCGGGCUUGUUAUGAAGUCGGUGCCUGCGGACAUGCUGGAAGCCGAAGUGGAAGGCCUUGCAGACCGGCUCGCGAUGAUCGAUCCGGAUCUGCUGACCACUCAGAAACGCGUGGUCAAUUUGGGCUUGGAACUGAUGGGGGCGAGAACCCUUCAACGGCUCGCCUGCGAAAAUGAUGCCCGCGGUCAUCGCGCCAAAGCCGCCGAUACGUUCAGACAGAAUGCCGCGGAGAAGGGCCUGAAAGAAGCCUUCAGGGAGCGUGACGGAAAAUUCGGCGACGGGCGGGUUCGGGUGAACGGUCCCGAAAUACGCGAUGCAGAUGGCAAUUUGGUGGAGGAAAAGUCAGCCUUUAAGGAAACUUAUGCAGGGGCAUUGGAUACGAUCGUGGUUGAAGGGCAGUACCUGAAACCAAAAGACGUGGACUCAGACACCGUCCUCAUCUUCAUGCAUCCCACCGGCACCAUGAACCUGUUGCCCAUGCCGAACGCUUUGGCAGCUGCUGGUGUUCACUGUCUCUGUUGUGGGAGCCGCUAUCCCCACAAUGACACGGCGCUCAUCAUGGAAAAGGUCAUCCUCGAUCUUGGGCAGUACAUCAAAUACGCCAAGGAGAAGCUGGGCUUCAAAAAAGUGAUCCUGGCCGGAUGGUCCGGUGGGGGAUCGCUUUCCAUGUUUUACCAGUCACAGGCUGAGAAGCCGACCAUCACCGCGACGCCUGCAGGCGACGCAGUAGAUGUCGUCGGCGCAGAGUUGAUCCCAGCGGACGCAGUACUUCAGCUUGCCGCCCAUGUAAGCCGGGCAAUCAUUCUAACCGAGUGGCUUGAUGCCUCAAUCAUCGACGAAAGUGAUCUUUCGAAGCGGGACGUCGACCUCAAUCUCUACGAUUCCGACAAUCCGAACCAACCGACCUAUUCUGAUACUUAUGUAGGGUGGUACCGGGCUGCGCAGGUGGCACGCUCAAAACGGAUCGACGACUUCGUCUGGAACAAACUGGACGAACUGAAAAAGGCAGGGCUUCCCAACGAAGAGUUUGGCUUUGUGGUUCAUGGCACCAUGGCGGACCCGCGUUGGCUGGACCUGAACGUUGAUCCGAAUGACCGCAAGGGCCCGAACUGGUGUUUUAUGGGUGACCCGAAGACGGUCAACAUGAUGCCGGCAGGGCUUGCCCGUUUCUGUUCUCUACGUGCCUGGCUCUCCCAAUGGUCCAUCGAACACUCCCGUGCUAAGGGACCUGAAUGCGCCGGUGACGUUUCGGUGCCCAUUCUUGUGAUUGAAAACAGCGCAGAUGAUGGAUGUACCCCAAGCCAUGCAAAGCGGCUGUUAGCCUGUGUACAGCAUGACGACAAAGAGUUUCAUGUGAUUGACGGCGCGACCCACUAUUAUAUUGGCCAGCCGGACAAGAUGAUGGUCGCAGUCGGUGCGCAAUCCUAUAUUGAGUGGAAGUCGAGCGAGGGUCUGCCGCCGCUCCACUUCGCCCACGCCAAUGGGUUUAACGGCCUGACGUACCGUAAUCUUCUGUCGCCGCUCGCUGACCGCUUCCACAUACGCGCCUGGGAUGCGCGCGGUCAUGGCCAGACAAGUCUCACCGCCAACCCACGGACACAGCGUAGCUGGUAUCGCUAUAGCGAUGAUCUGGUGGCGCUGCUGGAACGAUUUGCCGACGAGGCAGGCGGGCCAGUGUUGCUGGCAGGCCAUUCCAUGGGCGGAACCACGAGCAUUCUUGCCGCCGCCCGGCGGCCGGACUUGGUUCGUGGUCUCGUGCUGCUUGAUCCAGUCAUGAUCCGUCGCAAUCAGGGGCGCCUUCUUCAAUGGAUGCGAAAGCUCGGCAUUGGUUUGGGCCCUCAUGAUCUGGCAACGGGUGCAGAACGCCGCCGGUCUGUGUUUCCUGAUCGGGCGACCAUGGUGGAAAAAUAUACGGGCCGUGGAGCCUUUACCUCCUGGCCAGUCGAGAUGAUUGCGGACUAUGUCGAGGGUGGAACCCGUGAACUGCCGAGCGGUGAGGUGGAACUCACCUGUGCACCAGCUUGGGAGGACAAACAGGGCACCAUCUUGCGUCUUGGCACGGCGUCGCAUUUCCUGCCGAUGGAAUUUCCAGACAUUGCGCGGCGCGAAAUUGGUGGCUUUAGUUGCGAACUGGCAGCGGAUGAACGUGCGGCCUAUGACGCCGAGAUUGCCGCUCUAAGCGAACGUCUCGAGAAGUUGGAAGCCAAAACACCUGCGGAGCGUGCAGGAGUGCCCACUGACGAAGAGCUAGACGAAGCAUUUGGGUUCUUCGAGAAGAUGACAAAGCGUUUUGCCAGGGCAGCGCGUAUCUUUGGCGAAGAGAUGCAGAGCAUGGAUGAAGAGUUGCAGCAAAACCCCUUGGGCAGUAGUGAAGCAAACCCGUAA